AUGAAUACGUAUACAUAUAAACUACUCAACAUUGCAAAGCUUAAAUUCAGUCCAACUUACGCUCAAAGUCGAGUUCGAUUACAAAAGGACGAGACGAGUAUGGCGUCGAACGAACUGGCGUCAAUUCUUGCUCGACGCCGUGCUAAAGCCGGCGGGGAGAGCGAAGCUCCAAUCCCUUUAGUUGAGCAAAGUACUUCCCCAGCAAUGGCGUCUACCCCAAUGGCGACAAAAAGCUCUAUUGCGGAACGGAUCGCACUUCUAAAACAACAAAAUGAAGCAGCCGAUGUGGCAGCCCCCGCACCUGCGGUGCCGCAAAGUAAUAUUUUAACGCCAGAAUCAACAAAGCUAUCACAAUCGACAGGUAGCAGUGUUCUUGACAUCGGCAAUGAGAAAGCAGCCGCAAAAGCGAUGGAUACGUCGGCGAUAACUGCUUCAAAAGAGGAAACGGGCACCGGUAAAACUUUAAGUAAGAUCCAACAAUUGCAAGGUAGUUUGGGAAUCGGUAUGAACUCAUUUGGACGUCCAAAGGGUCCCUCUAGUGGUAAUCGGAGUGGCCAACGUGAGUCCAUUAUGAGCACCGGUGAGGAGCACUAUGGACACACACAGCACGCGAUGGGUGUAGCCAUGCCUGGCUUGACGGGCUCUGCUAUCCCCAUGCCAGGGCUAGUAAAGAGUAAUUUUCGACUGCCUGGCACGGCAGGUGGAGAUUUACAGAGCACCGAGACUUCGGCGAAUCUGGACAACUCUCACGCGACCAUGAAUCGUGUUGCAGGACCAAAACGUCGUGGUCCCAUGCGACCACCACCAGGAGCUUUUCGACUUCCGACAACGGCUGCGCCGAGCCUCGAUAAUAGUGAGCCAGCCCAGUCACUAGUUAAUGAAUCUGCUGAAGUUACUGCACCAUCUCGUGAUGAAGGUUUUGAGUUAAAGGCUUCUAAAGCACCUGUUCAGGUAUCACCACCACCUGCACCUGAUAGUUUGUAUGCUAAUCCGGCCUCAAAAAUUCAGCACAAUGUUGUAUCAUCAGCAUCCGCGUCAACAAACGCAACUUCUCCAGCGGCCUCUUUACGUAAAUUGCCGGAGCCUGAAGCGAUUCCCCCCAUGAAGCCUUACCAGAUUCAAGACGAUGAUCCAUAUGCGCCAAAAUACGAUGAUUCUUCUGAGCAAAAUCGGUAUGCUCCAACUGGUUUCCCAAGCGCACUGAUGGCAAACUUUUCCAUGGACGAACUUACAAUCGACAAGCCAGUUUCAAGGCCAGCAGCCACGUCGACACCGAAAAAUGAGCCCACAUCCGACAUUUUGUUGUCUCGUCCGACGCCCGAAUCUACUCGGUCAGAGCCAGCUCACACCCCUGCACUUGUGUCAGCAAGCAAUCGAUAUCCUUCACCUUCACCAGCAUCUGAGCCUGUACCUCUGGAAGUUUCGCCGCAUGUUCCGGUGCCUAUGGCCCCUACAGCGUCACCUUCACCCGUUUUCGUGACGUCAACACCUCUUACAACGCCUGCACCUACACCUGCACCCGAAUCUACUCCGAAAGCCAUGGCUGAGGAAAAACCAACAUCAAGUUUGGCAUUAUUUGGUGGUACUGCAGAUGAUGAUAAUUCAAGCGAAAGUGACUGGAGCGACGAGGACAAUGAUGGUGAAAACCAAUCGCUGUUUGGCGCGCAGGAUGAAGCUCCCAAGCUAGCAGCUCCUGCACCAGUUUCGUCUACUUCGUCUCAGCCCAAGCCAGAGUCUCACGAAGCCACUAGCCUCUUUGGCGGUCCAGCCAGUACUGCAGCAAUGAGUGCUUCUCCAGCUCAUGGCUUCGUGCGAGCCACACCAUCUCAACCUGCUAUUCCCCCAGCACCUUACAGCUCACUUUUUGGCAGAGCUGCGAGUAACAGCAGCGAAAGCGACAGUGACAGUGAUGAUGCGAGCAACCUUUUUGGUGCGUGA